GAUAGAUCAUUGCCUGACACUGGCACGGGACCACUUCGAAUCCUUGGAGGCGGCCGGAUGGUUAUAGCCCAGGAACUGGACUCCCUGGAAGGGGGCCUGAACGUGCGCCAGUCCAUCCACGGCCACGUCGCCCAUCUCCAGCUAUUUUCUAAAGCUCUUGACCCUUCCUAUCUGAAGAUGUACGUGAACUGCAAGACUCCAUUCGUUGAUGUCAAACCACUGCUUUCCUUCCAAAAUAUGAGCAGUUUUUUGGUGCGCGGGUCCACCGAAAUAUCCGAGAUCCCUCUGCCGGACAUAUGUAAAAAGGAGAAGGAGACUCUGGUUAUGUUGCCGGAAAAGAGGAUUUUCAGAACUGCCCGAGACACCUGCUGGAGGAUGAAGAGCGACCUGGCUGUUCCACACACGCACGCCGAGAACACGGAGAUGUACGACGCCGUCAUCAUGUUCGACAAACAAUGCGUUGACGCUUACGGGUCGCUCUACUGGGUGGGCGGGUACGGGAAACUCGACACGGGGAAAUGGUACCGCUUCUCUGAUGACAAGGAAAUCACCUACACCAAUUUCGCUCCCGGUUACGAAAACGUGCAGGAGGAUAAGAAGUGCUUGACGGUAGGAGGGGAGGUCUUCCCCUACGUCUGGUUUGCUACCAACUGCGAGUACCUGACGUGUCCUCUAUGCAAUUUCACGAACCUGGCUUCAUUCACCGUCAGGGGACUCUGCAAGGACACUCUCCUCGACAGACAAAUGACUAUAUCAGGCUACAAGAACAAAAAGCCUCUCUUCGAUGGGAUGUUCUACACCAGCAUCUACUGGAACAACGCUUCCAUGUCCUGGAGGCUUAGCAGUCGCAUUGACGAGGAACUUCAUGGUGAAAUGGAAGUCAGUAUGGAAGACGAAUACCCAGUUGGGGUCAAGAAGUGGAACAUUACUGGAGACAAAUGUAAAGUGAACCCGGUGGAAGUGUUAAUAACGGCAUGUAACUCCACUGAAUACACCUGCAACGACGGCAUGUGCAUAAUGAAACCGCAAAGGUGCGACAUGACCAUAGACUGCCCAGACAAGAGUGACGAGCUGGACUGCAACAUCAUCAUGAUCCCUGUGGGCUACUCCACACAGCUGCCUCCACCCAAAACUGGGGAAGAGCCUCUGGCCAUCAGAUUCUUCAUAGGCAUCACCUCUGUGAGGGAGAUUAAUAUAUUGGGCUUCAGAAUGGCCCUUGACGUGAUAUUCGAGCAGCGUUGGAUUGACCGGAGGCUCCGAAUGAAGAACCUCCGGACGAACACCAAGGCUAACAAGGUGCAGGACCCCGAGAGCGUCUGGCAGCCCACCUUGCAGAUUGGCGACGGCUCCAGAAGUUUGGCUGACCUCAACCCGAGGUCAAGAACUUUAAUGGUCGAGAGGGAGGGUGAUCCCAUACCAGACGACGAGACGAGAGUUCACGAAGACGAAAUCUACCUUGGCUCAGACAACACAAUGUACUUGUUCGAGGUGCACACUAUCGGCUUCACGUGUCAGUUUCAGCUGCAGAGGUAUCCCUUCGACAAACAGCUGUGUUCUCUAACCUUCAGGUUAAUUGAUGUAUCUGCAGAUUUCGUGGUGCUGACGCAGGAUAGCACAGGGGUAGAUUUCCUUGGACAGAAAAGGCUCCUGGAAUACGAAAUCACAUCAGUCACGAUGACGUUCAUCAACAACACAGAUUUUAUAGAUAUAGGACAGAAGGUGGAUUUAGAACUAAGGAACCUGUACGGGUACUACAUCAGCAACACGUACAUCCCCACAACACUGCUGGUCAUCAUUUGCUAUCUCACCCUCUUCUUCGAUCUCGACGACUUUACGGACCGUGUCAUGAUCUCCCUGACGGCGCUGUUGGUGCUGUCCUCCCUCUUCACCCAGACCAGCCAGACCAUCCCCAAGACGGCCUACCUGAAACUCAUCGACCUGUGGUUCGUGGUCUUAAUCGUCUUCGUCUUCCUGAUCGUCCUGGUCCUCGUCAUCAUCGAGAACUUCCGUCUGAGGAGGAACCUGGUGAAGGAGGGCACGAGGAUCUUCGUGUCCUCGGUGAGGCCCGAGGAAAACGGAGGCGCGUCUAAUGGGUUAAAGUCUUCCAGGACGCCCUCCGGCGGCUGGAACGUGACCGAUCCUUCCAGGGACCCAGUCGUGUGGAACUUUUGGUCGCAGGCUGUGAUGCCCGUUUUCUUCGGUGUGUUUAUCGUGCCCUACUCUAUCGUGUGCUAUGCCGGGCUGUAGUUGGAAGGAGGGUUUACUCAAAGAAAUUUCUAUGGUAAUAGUUACUUGGCGGUUGCCUUUUAUCUAUCGUAUCUCUCCUCCACUGUGACCUCCAUCGCAAAUUUUGAAUUAUGAGUCCAUUCAGACACGAAAACGCAAUCGGUGACAAAUUGCUCUUUCAAGGUAGGAAAAGACUGAAAAGGGAAUGUAAGAAUUGCCAGGCCUACUGGUUUGAUUUCGUUUUCAUAAUAAGUUCUUGCUGUUGCCAAGUAAGAUUUAGAGGAAACGAUUUAAGUAAUUAAAAAAUUAAGAAAGAUCAACCUCUUGGCCAUAAGAUAUAUUAAAAAUUAUCUUAAAUCUUAUACUAAAAAAAGCAAAUGGAAAUUCAAUAAAAACAUGGAUGGAAUAACCAUAAAUAUUGGAGUAUUUCUUUGCUUAAACCUGAAUAAAAAAACUUACUAUUAAUACUACUGCUAUUAAAAAUAAUAAUCUAGUGGAAGAAUAUGGAUAUUGGAAAGUGGCUGGUUAGCAGUGGAAGUAACUUUCGACAAUGGUUAUAUCAUGUCUUGGCUGUUGCAUAAGAGAGGACUGAAGAUUGACUGGUGAUAGUGGAGAGAAGUGGAGGAGACUAGUAUAUAAAAGUUGGAGAGAGGAGAAAGUUGAAGUCAAUGUUAUGCUGGUAAAUGGAAUCUAUGAAGAUGAGGUGAUAAAUGUGUUGGGGCUGAGAGAAUGACAUAAAAAAAAUUGUAAAUCAUAGUGAGCAGGAAGGCAGGGUUUUGCAAAACGUGUCUCUUAGAAGAGAUUGCAUUUGGGACGCAUGGUAGGAUUGCUAAUCUAGGCAUCAUUUACUCAUUUAUAAUAAUCAGUAACAAUAACUGUUUAAUUUUAGUCAUAAUUAAAAACAUUAUGAAUCAUUCAGUUGUACUAAUUCAACGUAAAGUGUCGAAUUCAGUGUGCCAAAUUAUCACUAAUUAUCCAUUGGGAUUUUUAUGUGUGAGGUUCUGUAAUCUUAUUCGUACGUGCUAAAUCAUAUUUGUUUAGUAUAAAAUAAUAUAAGAUGCUCAUCUACUCUCUUUUAUUAUAUAUUACGAUGGUAACUCUUGUCUUUAGUCAUAAUUACAAUAUGUAGUUGAAUGGGAAACAGACAACAAAAUUCCUUUUCUUGAUGUUUUAAUAAUCAGAGACACGACAGAAUACAAAUUUACCAUAUACAGAAAA